AUGUUGGUUGCCAGCUCUGAGAUGGUACGGAGUGUGGACUGGCAGGCCGCGGAUCACCUGGGGAUCAGGGACAGUAACAGUGAGGAUAUUCUCCCGGUGAUCAGUGACAGUAACAGUGAGGAUAUUCUCCCGGUGAUCAGAGACAGUAACAGUGAGGAUAAUCUCCCGGUGAUCAGUGACAGUAACAGUGAGGAUAAUCUCCCGGUCAAUAGAGACAGUAACAGUGAGGAUAUUCUCCUGGUGUUCAGAGACAGUAACAGUGAGGAUAUUCUCCCGGUGAUCAGAGACAGUAACAGUGAGGAUAAUCUCCCGGUGAAUAGAGACAGUAACAGUGAGGAUAUUCUCCCGGUGAUCAGGGACAGUAACAGUGAGGAUAUUCUCCCGGUGAUCAGAGACAGUAACAGUGAGGAUAUUCUCCCAGUGAUCAGAGACAGUAACAGUGAGGAUAUUCUCCCGGUGAUCAGAGAUAGUAACAGUGAGGAUAUUCUCACGGUGAUCAGAGACAGUAACAGUGAGGAUAUUCUCCCGGUGAUCACGGACAGUAACAGUGAGGAUAUUCUCCCGGUGAUCAGAGACAGUAACAGUGAGGAUAUUCUCACGGUGAUCAGAGACAGUAACAGUGAGGAUAUUCUCACGGUGAUCAGAGACAGUAACAGUGAGGAUAUUCUCUCGGGGACAGUAACAGUGAGGAUAUUCUCCCGGUGA